AUGGCUUCCAAUGGUGGCAUGUACAUUGCUGAAAUGUCAUUAAUUCGAAAAGUUUCUCCAAGUCAAAAUGGUCUCAUUACCACUGUGACCAUGAUUGACGAAUGGGGAAGUCUUUACAAUGCUCGUGGACACUUUGUCACUCCACAAGAUGAAAUUUUCUUUGCUGUUCAAUGGGGAAACCAAGUGAAAAAAUUCACCACGAGUAGUGGCGUGACAGAAUUGAUCGCAGGAACAGGGAUGAUGGGAGAUUCGGGAGAAGGAGGUUUGGCAGUGAAUGCUCGAUUGAGAAAACCCUCGGCAGUAUUCCAAAAUCCAUUUAAUACUUCAUUGCUCUUCAUUGUUGACACUGGAAAUCACAAAAUCAAAAUGGUCAACAUGACCGAUGGAACAAUUUCAACAUUAUGUGGAACUGGAAGUGCCGGCUAUUCGGGAGAUAAUGAUACAGCCUCUCCUUAA